AUGAGACAACGCAUAAACAGACGCCGUCAACCAAGUAAUGUGUUCUCAAUGCUCACACAGACACAAAUAUCAUCCCUUAAAGAGGUGUUCAACAUGAUCGACAACCCACCGGACGAUAAGAUCGACACCAGCGAUCUCAACAACUUCCUGCCUACCAUUGUAAACCAUGAACAGUUGCACGAGUUCCAGAACCUGGAGAAGGAUAUCGGGUUUUAUGCGUUACUGGCCGCUAUGUCGGACAAGUUUAUCGGCAUGAGCUCGAAAGAGUGCAUCAGAAAAUUGCUUUUGAGUUUUAGUGAUGAUAAUGUAACGGUCAGAAAGAGCGAGUUGAUGAAGUAUUUGAGAUGCGAGCAGCUGACCGGUACAGACCUGGAGUACGUGUUUAGUGUGUUUGGGGAUGAGGAGGUACUUGAAAUUGAGAAGGUGGUCAAUUUGAUAAGGCAUGGGGAGAUUGAGCCUAAUGCGGAGAAGAAGAGGAUUGCUGUUUGAUGGGCGGAUGCAGCUGAUUAAAGCGGUUAUUCGAUGUAUUUUGUUCGUAGUGGCGUGCAUCAAUUACUGUAUUGUGA